AUGCCCCCACUCACCCGCACACUUUCUGGGACGACCAUCCGCAGCUGGUGGUCGGACAACAAUACCAUCGGCGUUACCAUUAACCUGCACGCCGUCGCCAAACCGCUAAUACGGGCCCUGCAUGGGCGUCAAGCGCGGAGCUUGCUGAAGGCUUCUGAGACGGAGCCGCUGUCAAUUGAGAGGCUGGAGUUAUAUGUGGGGUAUCUCCGCGGCAAUUACAUCGCCUCUUCAGCAAAAGCGCGCAUUUUGCAGGAGCUGGAAGAGAGGAUACGAGCUCCGCGAUUUGACGGCGACGUCAAAGCAAUCCUCUACGGCCUCAAUCCUCUUCAUAUGGACCUACUCUGCCAUUUUCUGGCUUCCGAAGACCCGACAAUCAAGCUCCCCGCCUGUUACAUCGCUCAACGGGUUUGCAUCCAGACACAGGAGAUAUCCCACGCCUGUUUACUGGAGUGUGCCGUGGCUUUGCUGUACUCUCCUUACGAAGUGACCACCGAAGCGGCCACGUUGGACAGCCUCGCCGGUAUUUGCUGGCGCGGAUUCGGCGCAGAGAUCGUUGCCAACGUCGCUGGAAGCGCGGCCAUGCCGCCAGCCCGCAUUGACCAGCUUCUCUCUUCCGUCGUUACUCUUCUCGUCGGUGCCUGGUCGUUCCGCACGCUUUGCGAGGCUAUAAUCCCGGGACUCGGCCCCACUGACAUCCCCGCUGAGCCGUGGACGGUCAUGUACCUCGACCAGAUGCUUGGCAAUCGACCAGUGGUCAGUCGUAGCGCAAUAUGGGCGCUCCGCCAAACAAUAGCAGUCAAACCCAUCCCCUCAAUCGAGGUUGUCCGACAUGCGCCAGACAUCAUAAAUACCCUCCCACACAACCCCGCGCGACAGCAGUUCGCCUGCUGGUUCGCGGCCACUCUUAUCCUCGAGUCCGAGGCCUUUCCUUACGAGGGAAUGGAACGCGUCUUUGCAGGCGCUGUCCGCGACCCUGCCAAUGAUGCACGCUUGCGGAAGGCUGCCAGAUUUGGCAUAGAACGGGCUGCAACGCGGCGAGAGUACCAGCUCGUUCUUUCAAGGGUGAAUAACAGCCCGGGGGAGGGCGUUAUGGGAGGCAGUUGGUAG